AUGCCAGCAGGCCCUAUCACCUUUGAUCUGGAAGCUUCUGGAGAGGUUGGGAGGCAGACGAUGGUUGGCCUGCUUUGCCCUGACUACCUGCUGCUGUCAGAGAACUGCCUCCAGGAAGACCACAUUCUGGGUCCCAGCCCACCCACCAUCAGUGAGGCCUGCCAGCCCGGGCCCUAUUUCAGCAGCCUCAUCACAUUCCCAGUGGCCUCAGCAGCCCGGAUCAACGGAUGCCAUUUCCACACUGGUCUGGCAGAACCAGACAGCUUUGUGACCAGAAUGGCCAGGCUGCCAGCUGGGAGCAUCAGCAGCUGUGACCAAGCAUCCUGCGUCAUGCCGAGCCCCUUCCCCGCGCGCCCUUGUGCCCGCCCGCCCCUCACCAGCUGCGCCGGCGCCGCGCGUGCAGCCCGGGCCUGGCGACAUGAGCGCCCAGCGGCCCGACGCACCCAAGGCGCAGCGGCCGGAUCCCGCGGCCCCGUAAUGGGCUCCUGCGUGUCGCGAGAUCUGUUCACAAGUGCCCACAAGGACUGCCCUAUGCCCCAGGGCACAGACCUGCCCUCCAGCCACCCGCCCACCACUGCUCCUGACCAUGUCACUGGCAAGGACAAGCAGAUGGAUUUCUGUUGGGAUCCUUGGCAGAGGUGCUUCCAGACCACCAAUGGCUACCUGUCUGACUCCAGAUCCUGCUCCAGCAACUACAAUGUGGCAGCCCUGGCCACCUCAUCCCUUGUGGGGGUGGUGCAGAGCAUCAAGGACCACAUCACAAAGCCCACAGCCAUGGCAAGGGGCCGGGUGGCCCACCUCAUCGAGUGGAAAGGCUGGAGCGCCCAGUGGUCAGGCUGGGAACUGUCAUCAGCCGAGGAUGAGCGUUACUGCUGCCUCCCAGAUGAGCUGCGUGAGGCCCGCUUUGCUGCAGGGGUCGCUGAGCAGUUUGCCAUCACAGAGGCCACGCUGAGCGCCUGGUCCUCACUGGAUGACGAGGAGCUGCACCCUGAGAACAGCACCCAGGACAUUGUCCAUCUACAGGACCUGGAGAGCAUCUACCUGCAGGACAGCUUCUUGAGCCCCUCACAGGAUGAGAGUCUUCUGGCCUUCUCCUCUUCUGGCCUCUCCCCCGAUGGCUGGCCCUCACCCGAGGAGCCCCCCAGCACAGUAGCCUGCCUACAACCCCCUAGCCCUGAACAGCAGCAUCGGCAGCGGCUGCCGGGGGGCCUGGGUCAGAGUUCUCUGCCCUCGGUGAACAGCGGCUCCCUCUCUGAGGAGGAGGAUGAGGUGUUUUAUAACUGA